AUGCAGGGCUCCGGCGGCGGCGGCGGCGGCGGCCGGCGGCCUCCCCCGGUAAGGCAAGGAUCAGGAGCAAGUUCUGGCAGCCAAAGACGAGUGAGCAUCGCAAGUGGCAUCUAUGCAAACAGAGCAGCAAGUUGCAGAAGCCAGUCCACGACUUCCGAUGGCAAAGCUGUGGACAGGGGGUCUCUCGCGGGCAGCAAGUAUGCCGUACGGGUUUUUGAUGAUGAAGGAAAGGAUGUGACACCCCAUCCACUCUUCCAUUCAGAUCCAAAUACUGUUGUACCCAGGCAGGGCAAGAUCUUAGCAUCAAGUGCUUACUUCGGGGCCACAGGAUCUGAGAGCAGCAGUACUUCUAUAUCAAACGCAUCAACAACUGAGUCCAUACUAGAUGAAAUAGUAGAACCUGGCUCUCGACGAGACACAACUGUUAGCUUAUCUGAUGUGCAGGUGAGGCAAGAGGAGAUAAAAGAAGAACUGACAAAAGAAGACUUAGAUAGGAGAGUGGAUAUUUACCUCACAGAGACGGAAACUAUCUGGAUAUUGGAUAUACCAUCUGUUGUGGUGUCUGUAGAAUCAGAAGAUGCUGGAAGAGUUCUGGAGCGGAAUAAGAUUUAUGUUGACAUUUGCAAAAAUAGACCUGGUAAUGAUCGCUUUGUAGAAAAAAUGAUGCAAACCAUUAAUGGAGCUGCAAAGAACAAGGAAGUACAAUGUGACAAAAUCAUCAUGGAAGACAAAGGGAUGACGGUCACUUCCUGGGACUUGUACGAUUCAUUUAAUGUAUCGGAAAUAGAACCUACGUCAAAAGCAGAAGGCAGCAGAGCCACAACUGGGAAAAGCAGCAAACCUCAUACAACUAAAGAGCACGAUCAGCCUAUGUCUGUCUCUUCCGACAGAGGCAGCACAACUUCUAUAAUGAUUUCAGAAGGUGCUGUUCUUGCCAGAAUCCAUGAAGAGGAGGAAUGCCAUUCAGAAGCUAUAUUAACAUCAGAAAACUUUCAGCAGGAUUUGUUUUUCAUGGAGAGGAUUCUAAUGGAGAAUAUUUUUCAACCCAAACUUGCAGCUUAUCGGCAGUUUCCUGUCCUUACAGAUCCCAAUGUUACAUCAGACACUAGUGGUACAGUAGCAGCCGUGAAAGAACCUAAACAGGAAGAGCAUGACAAGGAAAAGAAGGAUAAGGAAGAGCAGAAGGAAGCAUUCAUUGACCCAUCAAUUCUGUCAGAUCUAAAUAAAACCCCAGAAGAAAUUGUACCUCCCAGACUGGAACGGCUGUGGUCAUAUAGAUGUGAUUUAACUAAUGGUCACAGUGUGAGCAGUAUGGCUUGGAGCAAAGUAAACCCCGAUCUUUUAGCUGUUGGUUACGGAGCGUUUGAUUUUAAAGAACAGAAGAAAGGCUUGGCUUGCUGUUGGUCAUUGAAGAACCCCAUGUGGCCAGAGCGUAUUUUCCGGUGUGAGCAUGGUGUUACUGCUUUGGAUUUUUCUAUGGCAAGCCCGAAUCUUUUAGCAGUUGGAAUGUACAAUGGUUCUGUCGCAAUCUAUAACGUACGGAGUUGUAACGAUACCGCACUUUUGGACAGCAGUGAAUCCUCAAAUAAACAUACAGGUCCUGUAUGGCAACUGAGGUGGGUGGAACAGGACAGAGGUGCAACAGAAGAUGGCAAAAAAGAGAGAUUAAUCUGUAUCUCAGCAGAUGGUCGAAUAACCGAGUGGCUUAUACAGAAAAGACUAGAUUGCACUGAUCUGAUGAAAAUAAAGCGAACAGAAAGUAAGAAGAAAAAAUUACCAGGUGAGAAAGAAAGGAAAAGUGAAGCUCUGAUAUCUCAACAGGCAGCUGGAAUGUGCUUUGACUUCCAUCCAAAGGAUACUAAUUUUUAUCUUGCUGGAACAGAAGAGGGUCAUAUCCACCAGUGUUCUUGUUCACGCAAUGAGCAGUUUCUAGAGACAUACAGAGGCCAUAAGGGUCCUGUGUACAAAGUCGCUUGGAAUCCAUUCAGCACUGACAUGUUCCUAAGCUGCUCUGCAGACUGGAGCAUUAUUUUAUGGCACCAGGAUUCACAGACGCCCAUUUUAACUUUCAGUUCCACCACUGCUUUUGUUCAUGACAUUAUGUGGUCUCCAAAAUCAGCCUUCAUAUUUGCAGCAGUGAAUGAAAGCAGAGUAGAAAUCUGGGAUCUUAGUGUCAGCACCUUGAACCCUGUGAUCUCUUGCCUUGCCAACCCCAGAGUGAAAUUCACAUCUGUACUCUUUGCUAAGAACACCGACUGCCUGCUCGUAGGAGACAGUAAAGGAGAAGUCGGCGUGUUUGAGCUGCAGAACCUGGCUGCUCCCAACAGUGAUAAGGUUCAUACCUUACAUGACAUAAUUGGGCCUGCUGCAGCUAUUUAA